UCAUGAAGCCACUUGCUCCUUAGCCAAUCUCCGCUCCCAACUUCAAUCUCACCCACCUCCCCUCUCCUCUCCUCUCCUCCUCUCUCUCUCUCUCUCUCUCUCUCUCUCUCUCUCUCUAAAAAACCAGACAAAAAUGCUGGGAAAGAAGAUGGUAAGCUUCAAAAAACUAGCCAAGAAAGUGAAGGUUAUGGGUGGUGCUAAUGAGCCAUCACACCAUGAAUGUUUGCUAAGAGAGUCAGCAGCAGCAGAGCAAGGAGGGACUCCUUCAACCAAACCCCCAACUGGGUUUUUGGCCUUGUAUGUUGGAGAAGAGCGCCAGAGGUUUCUGGUGAGGACAAGCUUUCUCUCUCAUCCACUCUUCAAGAUGCUGUUGGAGAAGGCUUACAACGAGUAUGGAUUUGAGCAGAGAAAUGGACUUGUGGUUCCCUGCAGUGUGUCUGCUUUUGAAGAGGUUGUGAAUGCUGUGGAAUGCAGCAAUGGGAAGUUUGAUUUUGGAGAACUUGUUGAGGAGUUUAUUUCCUGAGUAAAUUAAGAUAUGUUAGAGGCUUUUUUCUUUUUUAUUAGUGGAAAUGGUUAGAUUAGCAAGUCCAUGUAUGUACUAGAAUAUGUUCAUAUACAUAUAAAAAUACUUCAGCUCUUCAAAAGGGCUGGAGCUAGUUUUGGUCAUUUUGAUUCUCUGGUUUCCAAUAUU